AUGGCGGUGGUGUUGGCUUCCUGUGACUUUAACCAGGACAGUGCACCAUACUGCAUGUUCAGCCAGGACGGCUCUGACAACGGGGAAUGGACCCGACACAAAGGUGUAACCCCGACACCUGGCACUGGCCCCAGUGGAGACUUCCCUGAUGGAGCGGGCUACUACAUCUACCACGAAGUGGACAACAUGGCUGACAAGCAGAAAGUGCGUCUGCUGAGCCCCGCCCUCUCAUCGCCGGCCACUCAGAUCUGUGUCCAGUUCCGAUACUACAUGUACGGCUCCGACAGUGCGAAUGCGUUGAGGGUUCUGGCCAGGAGGUUGUCCGCCGGCACCGAUGAGGUCUGGGAGAAGAUCGGUAUCCAGAGUCCAUCCUGGCUCAAGGGCUCUGUCACGGUGUCCAAACCUAGCAGUCAGAGCAUCAACAUUGUGUUUGAGGCUCAGAAAGGCUUCAGUCCUUCCUGUGACACAGCUCUAGACAACAUCGUCAUCACUGAAGGAGCAUGUCCCGCUUGUGUGUCUGGCUGUGAUUUUGACGAUGGGCUGUGUGAGUGGACGAGUCUCGUUGAGGAUACAACUAUAUUUGGCUUUGAUCUGUGGACCGGGCAAACGGAAACUGCAGGCACCGGGCCUGAUGAUGACUUCUCCACACCGGGAUUGGGCGAAUACAUGUUGAUGGAUUCUCUCGAGGCUGUCCCUGGACUCCAGUCUCAGAUCAGAAGUCCUCUAAUAACCCCCUCCUCUGGAUGUCUGGACCUCUCCUUCCACUACUACCUGUACGGCACCAGCACCACCAUGGAGAUCAGCGUCCACACCAUCACCACAGGUGGAAGCCUUGGACCGGCUCUCUUCACUGUGAGGGGUAACCGGGGUCAGGGCUGGAAGCCUGCAGAGGUCCGGUACUUGGGAGCUGCUGGCAUUCAGUUUGUGAUUGUGGGAACCUUUGGAGAAACUUCUCAAACCGACAUUGCUGUUGAUGCUGUUUGUGUGAUGGCGUGCAAAGCUCCGCCAACAACUCCUCGACCACCGGUAACAACACCAGGACCAACCACACCUAAACCAUCAACUCCUGGUCCAACCACACCUAAACCACCAACUCCUGGUCCAACCACACCUAAACCAUCAACUCCUGGUCCAACCACACCCAAACCAUCAACUCCUGGUCCAACCACACCUAAACCAUCAACUCCUGGUCCAACCACACCCAAACCAUCAACUCCUGGUCCAACCACACCUAAACCAUCAACUCCAGGACCAACCACACCUAAACCAUCAACUCCAGGACCAACCACACCUAAACCACCAACUCCAGGACCAACCACACCUAAACCAUCAACUCCUGGUCCAACCACACCUAAACCACCAACUCCAGGACAAACCACACCUAAACCAUCAACUCCAGGACCAACCACACCUAAACCAUCAACUCCUGGUCCAACCACACCUAAACCAUCAACUCCAGGACCAACCACACCUAAACCAUCAACUCCUGGUCCAACCACACCUAAACCAUCAACUCCAGGACCAACCACACCUAAACCACCAACUCCUGGUCCAACCACACCUAAACCACCAACUCCUGGUCCAACCACACCUAAACCACCAACUCCAAAACCGACUACACCCAAACCAACAACUGUUAGACCAACUACAAAACCACCAAACCCAUGCCCUCCUGAUGCAGAGUAUAUUGAAUGUGGUCCAGCUUGUAUUCCCACCUGUAUGGAACCUUCCACCAACUGUUCUGGCUCCUGCAUCAGCGGUUGCUUCUGCAAACCAGGGUUUGUCUUCAAGGGUCGCCGCUGUGUCCCAUUGGAGAAAUGUGGCUGUCUGGACAACCAUAAUAAUUAUUAUGAGCCCGGCGAGAUUAUAUUUGGAGACGCCUGCGCAACGCUGUGUCGCUGUGUGGGGAACUACACUCUGCAAUGUGUGGACAACUCGUGUGACUCCACUGAAGAGUGUCGCAAUGUUAAUGGUGUUGCGGGCUGCUAUCCCAAAGAUACAUCCACCUGCGUAGCGAGUGGUGACCCCCACUACACCACCUUCGACAAACACAAGUACAACUUCAUGGGCAACUGCAGCUACUUGAUGUCCCGACCCUGCAAUGAAACAACUCUGCCACACUUUGAGGUCCACACGGACAACGAAUAUCGUUUCAACCGGCCCACCAUCUCCUACGUCAAGGCGGUGCACGUGUAUGUACGCGGGGUGAAGGUAUCCAUCCUGAAAGGUGGCACAGUGCAGGUGAACGGGACCAAAGUCAACCUCCCAGUGUAUCCGGCCCCUGGCGUCUCUGUGUUCAUGUCAGGAAAGCACUACACCGUGUCCAUGAACUUUGGCGUGACUGUUCGUUAUGAUGGAAACCACUUCAUGGCCAUCAAAGUGAUCAAAGACUACGAGAACACGCUGUGUGGUCUGUGUGGAGAUUACGACAAAAAUUCCCAAAACGACUUCCGUAUCCCAAAUGGAUCGUUGACCAACAACGCCAAUGACUUUGGACACAGCUGGAACACCGAUCCAGUGUGCAACAAGAAACCCAACAGCACCAUCCCUCAGUGUGACCAGGCGGAGCAGGAACUGUACAAGAGCUCUGGAUACUGCGGCAUCCUGCUGGACAAAAAGGGUCCCUUCGCCAUGUGCCACCCCAAAGUCAACCCAAAUACUUACUUCAGGGACUGUCUCUUUGACCUGUGUGAGCUGGAUGGCGCCCGGCCCAUCCUGUGCGAGGCCAUAGAGGCCUACGUCAACGAGUGCCAGGACCGCGGAGUGAACGUCAAACCCUGGAGGAAUGAAACCUUCUGCCGUCCUAGCUGCUACACCAACAGCCACUAUGAGCCCUGUGCAAACGCUUGUCAGGAGACCUGCACCGGGAGACCCCCGUCCUGCGACGGGCCCUGCUCCGAGUCCUGCGUGUGUGACCCGGGCUUCGUCCUGAGCGCCGGCAAGUGUGUCGAGAAGAGCCGGUGUGGCUGCAGGCACACCAACGGACAGUACUAUGAGCCUGGAGAGGAGUUCUACGUGGAGGACUGUAAUCUGAAGUGCACGUGUAACGCUCCCUUCGUUACCUGCAAGGCCUCUGAAUGCCCCCCGAUGCACCAGUGUAAAAGCCAGGGCGGAGAGCUGGGCUGCUACCCCACCACCUCUCAGGACUGCGUGGUGUCCGGAGAUCCUCACUACACCACCUUUGACAAGAAGUUCUACAGCUUCAUGGGAACGUGCACCUACAUCCUGGCCAGAACCUGCGGGACCAGCAGCGGGCCGAUGUUCUCAGUGGAGGGCAAGAACGAGGAGAGAGGCAUGAGCGGCGCGUCCUACCUGAGGAAGCUCUACGUCACGGUGAACGGCGUCACGGUGACGAUGCUGAAGGGCCGGAGGACUCUGGUUAAAGGGCUGCGUGUGGCCCUCCCUCACUCCCCCUCUCCGCUCAUGACCCUCAGUCUCUCCGGUCAGUACGUCAACUUGCAGACGACCUUCGGCCUCCGGGUGCGCUGGGAUGGAAACCAUCACGCCCAGAUCACCGUCCCCAGCUCCUACUAUGACCAGAUGUGCGGCCUGUGCGGCGACUACGACGGCAAGCCGGCCAACGACUUCACCAAAAGAGACGGCGCUCUGACGGGAAACGUCAACGACUUCGCGAACAGCUGGCAAACCGAGGAGGACGAGGAUGAAUCGUGCAUCCCGGGAACCAAGCCCGACCCGGACUGUGACCCCAAGCUCGAGGCCGAGGUGGUGAAACCGGACAAAUGUGGUAAACUCAGAGACCCCGCAGGACCCUUCAGGGAGUGCGUCGCUGUGGUGGAUCCCACGCCGUUCUUCCAGAGCUGCGUGUACGACAUGUGUCGGUUCAGCGGUCAGCAGAGCGUCCUGUGCGACCAGCUGCAGGCCUACACCGACGCCUGCAACAGCGCCGGGGCCAAAGUCCACCAGUGGAGGACCCCGGCCUUCUGUUCCCCGAGCUGCCCCCCCAACAGCUCCUACACCCUGUGUGCCAGCUCCUGUCCCGAGACGUGUCUGGGCACCGUCGGGCCGCCCGGCUGCCAGGGCGUGUGCGUGGAGGGCUGCGAGUGCAAGCCGGGCUUCAUCCUCAGCGACGACAAGUGUGUGUCGCUGAGGGACUGCGGCUGCGUGGACGCCGGCGGCAGCUAUCACCCCGUGGAUGAGAAGUGGAACUUGGAGGGCUGCAAUCAGAAGUGUGUGUGUCACAGUGGAGGCUCCAUCCAGUGUCACAACAGCAGCUGUAAACCCACCACCGAGAGCUGCCAGCUGCAGGAUGGAGAUUACGAAUGUCGUCCUUUGGGAAAUGGCAUCUGCUCGGUAUCCGGCGACCCCCACUACACCACCUUUGACAAGCGCUCGCACCACUACAUGGGGGCGUGCUCCUACACGGUGUCCAAGCCCUGCAACGUCUCCUCCGGCUUGCCGUACUUCAGCGUGGACACGCAGAACGAGCACCGCGGGAGCAACAAGAAGAUCUCCUACGUCCGGGCCGUGGUGGUCAACGUGAACGGGGUGACCGUCGUGCUCGGCAAGGGCCGCAAGGUCCAGGUCAACGGGACGGCGGUCGUCCCGCCCGUCACCUCCAUCGGCGGCGUCAAGAUCUACCUGAGCGGCAAGUUCGUCGUCCUGGAGACGACCUUCGGCCUGAGGGUGCGCUUCGACGGCAACCACCACGCCGACGUCUCCCUGCCGACGUCCUACAACGGGCUGCUCUGCGGCAUGUGCGGAAAUUUCAACGGAGACUCCAAAGACGACAACUUGAAGCCAGACAGCCGACCGGCGGCCAACACCAACGAGCUGGGGGACAGCUGGCUGGUUCCCGACCCGCGGCCCGACUGCACCAGCGGCGGGGGCCAGGAGGACUGCGAUAAGAAGGUGGAGGAGGAGGCCAAGAAGCCCACCAGCUGCGGCAUGAUCACGGAUCCCAACGGCCUCUUUAAGCCGUGCCACGCCGUCGUGGCCCCGGGGCCGUACUUUGAGAACUGCGUGUACGACAUGUGCGCCACCGGAGGCGAGACCGUGGCGCUGUGCCAGGCCGUGGAGAGCUACGCCGACAUGUGCGCCGCCGCCGGGGCGCCCGUCGCCUGGAGGAACAACACCUUCUGUCCUCUGAAGUGCCCAACCGGCAGCCAGUACCACCCGUGUGGCCCCGCCUGCGCCCAGCCCAGCUGCCAGGACCCGGCGGUCUCCGGCGGCGCCUGCAACCAGCCCUGCGUGGAGGGCUGCGUCUGCAACGCGGGCCUCGUCCUCAGCGGAGACAAGUGCGUCCCGCUCACCGAGUGCGGGUGCACCGACGGGGACGGACACUACCGGCCGGUGGGAGGCUCCUGGUUCCCGGAGGCGGACUGCUCAGAGCGCUGCAAGUGCAACGGCAACCGCAACAUCACCUGCGAGCCGUGGCAGUGCAACCCAGCACAGGAGUGUAAGGUCGUGGAGGGCGUGCUGGACUGCCACUCCACAGGUAAAGGGGUGUGUCACGUGGCCGGAGAUCCUCACUACUACACCUUCGAUGGUGUGAUGCACACGUACAUGGGAACCUGCACGUACACGCUGGUGGAGGUGUGUAACAGCACCAAGGUCACGCCCUUCAAGAUCGUAGCUAAGAAUGAGGAGCGCGGUCAACCAGAGGCCUCCUACGUCCGCUCGGUGAAGGUCUACCUGCCCCACGACACCGUGGUGGAGCUGCAGAAGAGCCGCAGAGUUAUGCUGAAUGGACGGCGGGUCCGAACCCCAUUGUACCUCGACCUGGUCGGGGCCAAGGUGAUCACCAGCGGGUCCUACAGCCUGCUGGUCACAAACUUCGGACUGCAGGUGAAGUUCGACGGCGUCCACCACCUGGAGAUCACGGUUCCCGGAGAAUACUUCAACAAGCUGUGCGGCAUGUGUGGAAACUACAACCACAACUCCUCGGAUGACAACCUGAUGCCCGACAAGAAACCAGCCAAGGAUGUGAUCCAACUGGGCAACAGCUGGAAGUCCGACGGGGACAGUGAUCCCGGCUGCCAGCCGGACACCCGUCCAGAUGUGCACCCCAACUGCACCGCCGAGGAGGAGAAGCAGUACGAGGCCCAGUGUGCCGAGGUCAUCCUCUCCGACCUCUUCAAGCCCUGCCACUCGCUGCUGCCCCCCGAGGCCUUCCUGGGCAACUGCGUCUACGACAUGUGCGAGUACGACGGCAUGAAGGCGACGCUGUGCGACAACGUGGAGGGCUACGCCCAGGCCUGCCAGAGCGCCGGCGUCACCAUCAGCUGGAGGAACAACACCUUCUGCCCCGUGCCCUGCUCGUCCAACAGCCACUACUCGGACUGCACCCCCCCGUGCCCCCCCACCUGCUCCGACCUCUUCCCCCUCUUCUGCCACCUCCCGCCGACCGCCUGCGUGGAGGGCUGCCAGUGUGACGCCGGCUACGUCCUCAGCGACAGCAAGUGUGUCCCUCUGGCCAAAUGUGGCUGCCUGGGCUCAGACGGGGAGUACCACGAUUUGGGAGACUCGUGGCUGACGGAUAAAUGUGUUAAUUUAUGUUCCUGCAACCUCGGUGGAAAAAUCUCGUGUAAGGACCACAGCUGUUACGCCAACUCCGUGUGUGGCCUGGACAACCUCGGAGAGGUCGCCUGCAAACCCACCAAGUUCGACAAGUGCAGCAUCUCCGGGGAUCCUCACUACCGAACAUUCGACGGCUUCUCGCAUCACUUCCAGGGCCCCUACACCUACGUCCUGACUCAGAGCCACAACCUGCAGAACUCUUUAUCGCCCCUCGUGGUGAGGUCUAAGAACAUCAGGCGCGGGGGGAGCCGGAGGGUGUCGUUCCUGGACCAGAUCUACGUCGAUGUUUACGGCUUCAAUGUCCGCUUCCUGCAGAAGAAGAACGUCCUGCUAAACGGGGAGCGUGUGGUACCUCCUCUCAGUCCGGUUGAGGGUUUGACCAUCACGAUGAACUCCAGGCAGGUCCAGCUCACCACCGACUUUGGACUCACUGUACGCUUCGAUGGCAGAAGUCGCGGAGAGAUCAUACUGCCCAGCACCUAUAAGAACUCCGUCAGGGGGAUUUGUGGAAACUACGAUGGCAUCACGAGAAAUGAGUACAUGAUGCCGGAUGGAAGGGUGAUCCGGUCCCUGGACCAGUUCGGAGAGAGCUGGAGGGUCAGUGAGCGCCAGGCGGAUGGACUGAAGACCUCCCACCUUCCUCACAAUGUGCACCGGCGGGAGGUGGAGACCGAUCCAGAUUCCGGGUUCCAGACGUCGGACUGCUCUCCGGCUCAGCUCAACGACUUCAACGGCCUGUCUCAGUGUGGAGCGCUGUCGGACCCCAAGGGCCCGUUGGCUGCCUGCCACACUACCCUGCCGCCGAAGACCUACCAGGAUGACUGUGUGUUCGACCUGUGUGCCGAGGCCGGCGCCCCGGCGCUGCGCUGUGCCAGCUAUGAGGCGUACACGGCCGCCUGCCAGGAGGCCGGCGUGAAGCUGGGGCCCUGGAGGAAGCAGCUGGGCUGUGAAUUGUCUUGUGACGCCAACAGUGUCUACUCCACCUGCAUGACACCGUGCCCCGCCUCCUGCGCCGACUUGGCGGCCCCCUCCGAGUGUGAGACCACGGCCUGCGUGGAGGGCUGCCAGUGUGUGGCGGGCUUCGUGAUGAGCGAGGGCGUCUGCGUGCCGUACACACAGUGCGGCUGCACCUUCCUCAACAGAUACUACACCCUGAAAGAGAAGUUUGUGACGGAGGACUGCUCCCAGGCCUGUGAGUGCACCAGCACCGGCUCCGCGUGCCAGACCAAGACCUGCCAGGGCGGCUUCGUGUGCACCAUCUUUGACUUCAGGCGCGACUGUUACCGAGCGAGCCCCUGCCUCAGCUACCCGUGUCUGAACGGAGGAACCUGCGACGAGGCCGGCAACAACACGCACACGUGUCGCUGUGCGGACGGCUUCCAGGGCGCGAGCUGCGAGGUGGAGGUCACACACGACGGGGGUCUGGAGACCAAGUGGAUCAUCCUCAUCGCCGUGUUGGCCGUGGUCGCCGUCGUCGCCGUGGUGACCGCCGUGGCGUGCGCCUGCCGCCAAAAGUCCAAGAAACACAAGAAAAAGAUCAGCAUGAAAACGACAACCGCCGUUCCAUAUUCAAACAUCGAGGAGGACGAAAAGAACAAAGUGACCGCCAUGUGAACCUGAAUGCAACACGACCCUGCACCUGAAUGCAACACGGCUUCUUCUUCAGCCUCCUGAGGAGAACAUGACCGAGAACUGAAGGAAGAGAGUUGUUGAUAUUUUACAUAUUGCUCGUAUGACCAUGUUUUGCACUUUUAAUUCACAAAAAAGUAGAAAUCUGUGUUUGUGUAUUUAUGAAAUGAGAUGCGUGCAAAAAGAGAAUGUGUGUGUUUGUCUAAAAGUUUAUUAUGAAGUGUAAUUAUACUAAAUGCUGGGGGGAUUUUUUUAUUUAAUUGAUUUUGAUGGAUUUCCAAUCUUUUGUGCUCAUAUUUAAUA